AUGGACGCCGCCCGGGGACGCCGGCCCGGCUGGUGGGGGGAGUGCCUCCGGGCCACGCUCUGGCUCUGCUGCUGCUGCUGCCUCCCGGGCUCGGGCAGCCCCACCUGGACCCACGCCGGACUCCAGUACGCCCCCCGGAGGAACUGGUGUUCGUACACUGUCACCAGGACGGUUUCCUGCCAUGUCCAAAAUGGCACCUACCUCCAGAGAGUCUUUCAGAGCUGCCGGUGGCCUAUGGGUUGCACUGGAGGCAGCUAUAGAACCAUUGUCAGACCAACGUACAAGCAGGCAUACAAGACGGUUACAGCUCUGGAGUGGAAAUGCUGCCCGGGACACAUGGGGGCAAACUGUGAGGCAGGUGUGGGACAGCAGAUCAAGACAGAGACCGUCAGUUACCCGGAUGCUCAGGAUGCUGGGCAUGGAAGUGCUUCUUUGCGUAGAUUACCUGUCCGACCUACAACCUAUUCAGGUUGUUUAAACUGCAGCAAAAUGUCAGAGCUGUUUGAGCGCCUCAAUUUCUUGGAAGCCAAGGUAGCAACUCUCUCAGCAGCUGAGUCUGUGACUUCCGUGGUACCCGGCAGACGACAGUCCCCUAAGGGAGAUGCCUCGGCAGACUCCCUGUCUCUGUGGGGCUCUCUGGCUGCUCAGGGGAGCCCAGGAGAUGAAAGCAUAAAAGCAGGUUUUCCGGGCCCCAGAGACAGGUUGAGGACCACCAUUCCGGGACGGGAUGGAAGACUGGCCUCACAGGGGCCUCCAGGCCCAGCAGGUCCAAAAGGAGAUACUGGCAUCCGGGGGCCUUCUGGUAUUCCUGGUGUUAAGGGUCCUGCUGGACCACAAGGCCCUCCGGGUCCUCCAGGAAAGGAUGGUGCAAGGGGCUUCCCUGGAGAGAAAGGCUUACCAGGCCUCCCAGGUCCCCCCGGCCCACCAGGCCCACCAGCCCCAGUUGGGCCAAAGAUAUCGGAAAUCCCAGACCAAAGGGACCCUCUUCUGUCAAACAGUUUUAUUGAAACGGGUAUCACAGGGCCAGCUGGCCCUCCUGGGCUUCCAGGGCCGAUGGGUCCUUCGGGGCCGGCUGGGAAGCCGGGAUCACCAGGCCGUGAUGGAAUCCCUGGAAAGCCAGGUGCUGAUGGGGCAGCCGGAAUCCCUGGGGAGAAAGGAGAGAGAGGACCACCGGGAUAUCCUGGCCACAGAGGUCUGGAUGGAGAGCAUGGUGAACCAGGCCCAAAAGGUGAACCAGGCGAAAAAGGCACCUGGGGGGAGGGGUUACACCAGCUCCGAGAGGCUUUGAAGAUUUUAGCUGAGAGGGUUUUAAUCUUGGAAACAAUGAUUGGGCUCCAUGAACCAGAACUGGGAUCCGGCCUUGCUCCUGCCUCCACUAGCACCCCCAGCUACUACCGGGGGAAGCGUGAUGAGAAUAUGGCAGCCUACCGGGUGACCUCACACCAGCAUGCCCAGAGGAAAAAGGAGAAGAAAUGACCAGCUUGCCUGCUGAGUGAGUGCAGAAGGAAAGCACAUUUGCCAUCCCAGCGGUCUCCUUUGGGGUGGCGUCCAACCCUCUGCCCGCUUUUGACCGUCGCAAGGAGAAGCAGCAGAAAGGGGUGCAUCACCUCUGUGCCUGGGAGAAUACUUGCUUGCUAACAGCCCUGCUUCAUAUUUAUUUGGUCUGUUCCUUUUGUGCAAGGAGUCUGUAACCAGUUUGUUGUGCGCCCGGCUUAAACUGUCGCCAGAACAGAGUCUGUGUGCACCUUUUGUGAUUGCCUGACUGUCCUGCAGGGGGAGCUCUCCAUCUCUUGGUGCUAUUUCGCAGGGAUGUGUUUCCCCCCUUCCCUAGAUACACUGGCCUGUAGUUUGCUGAUACUUCCCUACCGCUGUGGGACUGGACGUUGGCCUGCAAGUCCACUGAACUAGAGCUGCAGAUCCAUGCUGCAUCAUCGCAUUGCUCCUCUUCCCCCCACAGGCUGGCAAAGGAAUGGGGGAAAGAACCACCAGGCCUUUCCAGAUUGUUUCAGCAUACAAAGGAUGCACAGUUGUUAUUCAGUUCUUGUGGGAAUCCAGAGUGAGAUCAUCUAAUGUCUCCUUACUCCAGUCACAGUACUUUCUCACUGGCAAAAAGAUUCCUCACCCCAUUUCUUACCCUUGCUAGUGUCUCUAUGCAGCUGGAGUGCCUAUUGGUUAGUACCUGUGCCAUAGGUGGUAUGAUCAGCAACACACACCCAUGCUAUUUUGACCACCACCCCAUUUUUCAUUUCCCCUCCUCAGUUUAGGAGUUUGAGUACUCCCUGUUGAACCAUUCCAGCAGAAACUGACACUUGUGCUUUUAAAUUUGGGGGAAGGAUGAAACCGGCAGCCGUUCCCAAGUCUCUCUCACCCCUACC